CUUCUUCUCGCCCACGAGUCUAACACCGUCCCGCUCGUUGUUCUAAGCCUCUUUCUUCUCUCCUUUGACGACCAGAAUGAGUGCUAGCCCUAUUGUGUACCGGCAAUAUACGGGCGAGUCCGAUUUGCCUCACAUCAUGUCUCUCGUCCAGCAUGAACUGAGCGAGCCGUAUGUCAUAUACACCUAUCGGUACUUUUUGCGACAGUGGCCCCAACUAUCCUUCCUAGCAUAUCCCGACGAGAACUCCGACCCAGUAGGUGUCAUUGUGUGCAAGCAGAGUAUGCACAGGGAAGCAAGGAACAGAGGGUACAUUGCCAUGCUGAGUGUGCAUCGAGACUGGCGAAAACGAGGUAUCGCCAGUACACUUGUUCGCCGCUCGCUCGCUAUCAUGAAACUCCAAGGGGUCGAAGAGGUUGUUCUCGAGACAGAGUACGACAACUCCGCCGCGCUCUCUUGUAUGAAUCCCUCGGGUUCAUACGUGAGAAGCGACUCUUCCGCUUCUACCUCAAUGGCAAGAUGCGUUCAGAUUGGUCUUGUCGUCCCGCCGGGUUCUGAAGACGAGCAGAUAGCAUCGACACCCCUUCCCCAGUACCACCGAGACCUCUCUUCCUAGCUCCACCACAAUGAUCCCAUCCCUGCUUGCCUUAUGACGCCGACGAGGCUUCUGCGCGGUAGACACCACUGCAGUACUGCAUAAGUUACGUUUCCUUAAUGCUGUUUCGUCUACUCCCUUAUACUCCUCUUGGACUGCGACUGCUGUUACGGUAUCUUAAUAUAGCAUUCACCUGUCAACGUGCUACACUUCUCGAUCCCCACUCUGCCUUGUAGCUGUGCUGUAAAACGGUGUACAUUAGACAUGAGCCCAACGAAGGAUAGCAGUUCCUUGCAGUCUGGUAUGACGUGGAUGCAUCGAAUUGUCUGUCGGAUUUCACGAAACUUCGACGUGUGCGUCAGUGUCUCAGUCAAGCCCAUAAAGUCCGAUCUCUUGUCGCACAGCAGUUCAGCGGAUACGUGUCAACCAGACGUGGCACCACAGCAAUAUUCAGCGGAGAGCACAGCUUCAAGCGUUGUGGUCAGAGAAGAACAGAUGGCGGCGUGGUCGGGAGUAG